GACCAAAGCUCACUUUCCUCCACACACCUUUCCCGCCCUCUCUCUCUCAAGUUCUACUCAGCCUUUCUUCCCUUACGUCCUUUCGGUUCCUCCAUCGCUGACACGCAGCUAUGGCGACGAGGCGUGGUCCAGAGGGCCGGCGCACGGAGAAGACGGCGGAAACUCAAUGUUUGAUCGCAGAGGUUGAGAGUCAACGAGAAAAUACUGAUUUUGUGAUAGAAGAGGGAGGAGCUCAUCCCCCUCCCAGGAAGCGUGGAAGGAAGCCGAAGAAGAAAAGAGUUUGGGUUUCGAAGAACGAGCCGAAAAAUGCUGAUUGUGGGGGUGGCCAAGAGAAUCGCCGAGAAAACGCUGUUCCAGAUGUUGAAGAUGGAGGAGUUCAUCCCCCUCCAAGGAAGCGUGGUAGACCCCCUCUUCGUAAAAAAGAGGAGAAAGUGGCACAAAAUCAGCAUUUGCUUGCUGAGAAAGGGCCAGAAAACGGUGGUGACAAAGUGGCGGAAAAUGGUGGGCUUGAAGCAGAGCAGCUAGAAGCAGAGGACAAAGGGGGUUUACCAAUGAAGGGCGGCGGAAAUGAUCAAAAGGGCGUUGAGGAACUGAGUAGAAAAAUUGAGUUGUAUGAUGUUAAAGAUGGUGGAGUUCAUCCCCCUCCUAGGAAGCGUGGUAGACCCCCCAUUCGAAAAAUAGUGGAGAAACUUUCCGAAAUUCAGCCUUCGCUUGCUGAGAAAUGGUCAGAAAACGGCGGUGACGAAAAUGGUGGGCUUGAAGCAGAGCAUAAAGGGGUUUUAUCAAAGAAAGGCGGCAAAAAUGGUCGAAAGGGCGUUGAGAAAUUGUCUGGAAAAAUUGAUGGAAGAGUUCAUCCCUCUUCUAGGAAGCGUGGUAGACCCCCCCUUCGAAAAAAAGAGGAGAAAGUUGCAGAAAAUCAACAUUUGCUUGCUGAGAAAGGGCCUGGAAACGGUGGUGACGAAGUGACGGAAAAUGGUGGCUUUGGAGCAGAGCACAAAAGGGUUUUAUCGAAGGAGGAACUGACUGGAAAAGCACCGAAAAAGCGUGGAAGGAAGCCAAAGAAAGUUAUUAUUCUAACUAGUGAGUCAAAAAAUGAAGUCUGUGGAGUUGAUACGGUGCUGAAAUCAACGGGGAAGGCCAAAAAUGGGAGUUCUAGGGAUUCAGGUAUGGUGGAGAUGGAUAAAGAUUUUUCAGCAAAGAGCAACCGGUCUUGUUACUCCAGGGCGCGGAAAGCUUCAAAGAAAGUUGAACAGUAUACUGCUGCAAAGAAUGCGAAGAAGAAGGGCAAGGAUUGGAUUGAGAAUGAAUCCUUGAUGUGCCAUCAGUGCCAGAGGAAUGAUAAGGGACCUGUUGUUCGAUGCAGGACAUGCAAGACGAAGCGGUAUUGUAAACCAUGCAUUGCUAGAUGGUAUCCAAAAGUGCAAGAGGAUGCAAUUGCUGAGGCUUGCCCUUUUUGUCGUAGAAAUUGCAAUUGCAAAGCAUGCUUGCGUUUAGAGGGCCCUCUAAAAGAGUUGAAGAAAUCUAAGCUGUACAUAAGCCAAGAUGAGGAAAUUCAAUAUUCUAAUUAUUUGUUACAUGCACUCCUCCCAUUUGUGAAACAAUUUAGUCAACAGCAAGUAAUGGAGAAGGAGGUCGAAGCUGUAAUUCAAGGGCUAUCUCCAUCAAAUGUAAAGCUACAAGUAGUCGGCUUGCCUGAUGAUGAGCGCGUGUACUGUGACAACUGCAAAACGUCUAUAGUUGACUAUCAUAGAAGCUGUCCAAAAUGUUCUUAUGACCUUUGCCUCGUAUGCUGUCGGGAGAUCCGUGAUGGCCGCUUGCAGGGAGGUGGUGAAGAAGUAGUAAUUCAGUACACUAACAGGGGAUCAGAAUACAUGCAUGGUGAAGGUUUUGAUUUUUCUAAUUCAUUGCUGGAUACUAGCUGUAAUGAUCACGUCAGGUCAGCAAUCAAGUGGGAAGCGAAGGAAAAUGGGACCAUCCCCUGCCCCCCAAAGGACAUGGGUGGUUGUGGUUGCGGUAUUCUAGAAUUGAGGUGUAUAUUUUCAGAAAAUUGGGUUUCAGAGCUGGUACAGGAAGCUGAAAAAGUGGCUAAAGUUUACAAACUCGUUGAUAUGUCUGAUGCACCUGCACAACAGUGCUCCUGUUUCAACCCAGGGUGCAACAUUGACUUGAGCAGUGAUAAGCUACGGAAAGCAUCUUUUCGAGAAGAUUCCAGUGACAAUUAUUUGUACUCUCCAGAAGCCACUGAGAUUCAUCAUGGUGAAUUGAAGCAUUUUCAGUGGCAUUGGAGCAAAGGUGAGCCAGUGAUCGUGAAAAAUGUGCUCGAAAUGACAUCAGGUUUGAGCUGGGAACCAAUGGUCAUGUGGCGUGCAUUCCGACAGAUUACACAUACUAAACACUCCCAGCAUUUGGAUGUCAAGGCCAUCGAUUGCUUGGACUUAUGUGAGGUAGAGAUUAAUAUUCAUAAAUUCUUUGAGGGGUAUUCAGGACAGUUCAUCAAGUCUAGCUGGCCUCAGUUAUUAAAAUUGAAAGAUUGGCCACCAUCACAUUCAUUUGAUGAACGGUUACCACGCCAUGGUGCUGAGUUUAUCAGAGCAUUGCCUUUUAAGGAAUACACAGAUCCUCAACAUGGUUUUCUUAAUCUUGCUGUUAAGUUGCCGAAGAAAAGUCUAAAACCAGAUCUGGGGCCAAAGACAUAUAUUGCUUAUGGCAUUGCUGAAGAGCUUGGGCGCGGAGACUCUGUAACGAAACUUCACUGCGAUAUGUCUGAUGCGGUUAAUAUUUUGACACAUACAGCCGAAGUGACUGUCACACCUUUACAGCUUGCUGAGAUAGGAGAUAGGAAAGAAAAGCACAAUUUGCAAGAUCAGCGAGAACUUGACAUAAAACAUGGUGCAACUGAUGCUACUGCUCUACAAUAUACUAGCGAUUCUGAUAAGAAGCCAAACGGGCAUACGCUAAAUGCUGGAAUUUUGAUGGAAGAUGGUUCUCCUGAUUCCAUAGCAGAUGAUCCUAGACCAAAUGAUGUUUUGGGGAAGCUAACUGAAGAAAAUAAUUUUGAUUUGCUGUUGGAAGAGAAAAUAAGAGAGAAAAUCAAAAUUGAUGUAACUGAAGUAAGGCAAAAUAUCCUGAAGGAAAAAAAGGGUUCUAAAGGCAAAAGUGCUGAGAAGGAGACGUGGAGAAAUGCAAAUUUAGAGAUAAGGAAAGGGACAUUUGAGAAUGGUGCUGUGGAGAAUUAUGGUCCUUCAAUGUCAAUAAAACAUUCAGAAGGCAUUGAUCCAGCAGAGGGAGGUGCUAUCUGGGAUAUCUUCCGUAGGCAAGAUGUACCUAAGCUGCAGAAAUAUUUAAUGAAGCACUUCAAGGAAUUCAGGCACUUCUAUUGUUCUCGUGUACCGCAGGUUGUUCACCCUAUACAUGACCAAACUUUUUACUUGACUUUGGAGCAUAAAAGGAAGCUUAAGGAGGAAUUUGGCAUUGAGCCCUGGACGUUUGUUCAAAGACUUGGAGAAGCAGUUUUAAUUCCUGCUGGGUGUCCCCACCAAGUUAGAAACAUGAAGUCAUGUAUUAAGGUUGCACUGGACUUUGUCUCGCCUGAAAAUGUCGGCGAGUGCAUCCGUUUGGCAGAGGAGUUUCGUGUGCUUCCCAAAAAUCACAGGGCAAAUGAAGACAAAUUAGAGGUGAUGAAAAUGAUUCUUCAUGCUGUUAAGCAGGCUGUGGAGUAUUUGGAGUCUACUGUUUCGGCUGAAGCUGAGAAUCAUGAAAUGAUGGGUACAAACAGUUGUUCAGGCACAAAUUCAUUUGUAGCAUCAUCGGCCUCACUGCCUCCCAGUGAAGCCUGUGCCCCUGCUUCAGAAAAGUUUGAAGGUGCAGCUUCAUCAAGUUAGAGCUUGCCUUACAGUUUAACAUCAAUUUUUGUAAUGGACAGAAGGGAAGAAAUUUUGCUUGAGCUGCAUAUGCAUCUGCAGCAGUCCCACGUUUAGUUGAAGCUGCAAACACCCCCACUAUCCUUUUUUGACUAAUCUUCCUGCUGUUAGCAGCAUCCAUGGCUAUGAUAGUUAAAUGCCAUUUAUGCUAGGUAUAUAAAGAACCUUUAUUUAUUAUUAUUUAUUUUAUUUUUACAUUAAUUUGGUUUCAUUUAGCUGGGCAUCUUAGGUUUGAGCAGUCUACCUAGUGUGUAAGCUGUAACUGGUAUUGAGCCUUGGUCCCUUGAUAUUGUUAUGCUAGCUUGUGGAACUGGGUCAAAUGGUGAGCAAGCAAUUAGGCAGUCGGUAUAUUGUUUCAAAGUGCAGGAUUAAAAGAAAUGCAUUGCAACACUAGAAAGUACAA